AUGCGUCAUUCCAAACCGCCGGCGAAACUCGCCAUGGUUGUGGUGUUGCCUCUGUUACUGCUGUGUUAUGGAGUCGGCAACGUCCAUUGCUCGACGGUUCAUGAAAACAGCGAAGAUUUUCAGUCAUUGCUCGAGUUCAAGAAAGGCAUCCUCGACCAUAAUGGAGCCUUGAACAAUUGGAACACGAAUACCCACUUCUGUCGGUGGUAUGGUGUGAACUGCACCUCGACGCGGCGGCCAUUACGUGUCACGCAACUCAACCUCUCCGGCAAAAACUUAGGUGGCAAUAUCUCUUCCUCUCUUGGAAAUUUGGCCUUCCUUGAAAAGCUUGAUCUAUCGAAUAACAGCUUCUAUGGCCCCAUUCCUGACGCACUCACAAACUGUUCCAACCUAGCCUAUCUACUUCUCUCUGGAAACCACCUCACUGGUGUUAUUCCUCCUACAGUAGGUUUUCUUACCAGUCUAAAACGUGUCUUCCUUGAUAAUAAUUAUCUCACUGGAGGAAUCCCAGCAGCCCUGAGAAACAUCACCAAUCUACAAAUACUCAGUUUUACACAAAAUCAACUCACUGGAAGCAUUCCUCAUGAGGUUAUGCAAAUGCCAAAUAUAUUGGAGUUGCACCUAAACCAAAACAACCUAUCAGGUGGAAUUCCUGAGGUUUGGCAGAUGCCAAACAUAGAGUUGUUAGACCUAAGCCAAAAUUACCUAACAGGUAGAUUGCCACAAGAUCUAUCUAAUGUAUCUUCUCUUGGGGGAUUAUCCUUGACAUCCAAUAUGCUAGGCAACACAUUACCAUCUAACAUUGGUUAUGCUCUACCUAAUCUCACGGUUCUACUGUUGGCAAGCAACAAUUUUGAGGGUCCCAUUCCAGCUUCCCUAGGAAAACCUGCAGGUCUAGAAACAAUAGAUAUAUCAGACAAUCGUCUCACUGGCCAAAUCCCAAACUCUUUAGGAAACCUCACGGUGCUUUCUUAUCUUAACCUUGAAAAAAACAUGCUUCAAGCAACAGAUAAUGAAGGCUGGGAAUUCCUCCAUACCCUGGGAAAUUGUCGUUCUCUAUCAGCUUUUUCAUUGUCUCGUAAUAACCUACAGGGAACCAUACCAAAUUCUAUUGGAAACCUAUCCAUCAGUCUUACACGGUUGCUAAUGUCUAAAAACAACCUAUCAGGAAUAGUUCCCCCGAGUAUUGGAAAACUUAGUUCCUUAGUUCAACUAUCUCUAGAUCAUAACAAUCUAACCGGUACAAUUAAAGAAUGGGUCGGAAAUAUGACAAAACUAGAACUUCUGAAACUCCAAUCGAACAGCUUCAUCGGGACAAUUCCACCUUCCAUUGGCCGUCUUACAAGGUUGACAAAUUUUUUUCUUGCUGAAAAUCAGUUCACUGGGUCUGUACCACCUAACUUGGGAAACCUUAAAUUAUUGUCAGAGUUGCACCUUAGCUAUAACAAUUUCCAAGGGGGCAUACCUGUUGAGCUUGGUAAUUUGGGACAACUCACCACUCUAAAUAUUUCAUCAAACAAAUUUGGUGGGGGAAUUCCUGAAACUUUGGGAAAAUUUGAACAUAUACAGACCAUUCAAUUGGACCAAAAUAUUCUUACAGGAAACAUCCCAAGCUCCUUCAGCAAUCUAUAUACCUUGAGCAUUCUCAAUAUUUCGCAUAACAAUCUGUCUGGCCCCUUGCCAGCAUUUCUAAAUGAUUUGAAGACUAUAACAAAACUAGAUAUAUCUUACAAUAAUUUCCAAGGACAAGUGCCAACAAAUGGAGUAUUUGCUAAUGCUACCAUUAUUUCACUUGAUGAUAAUCCGGGACUGUGUGGAGGAGCCACGGAUUUGCAUCUUCGGCCAUGCCAUGUAAUGAAUAAAAAGGGUAGAGCGGUAAAUUAUUUAAUCAAAAUUUUGAUCCCAAUAAUUGGGUUCAUGUCACUCGUAUUACUCGUCUACUUUGUACUCCUUGAGAGGAAGAGGUCAAGAGCAUAUAUGUCGUCAGAGCAAUCUUUUGGUGAGCAUUUUGAGAAAGUUACCUUUAGUGACCUGACUCAAGCAACACGGGAUUUCUCAGAAUCCAACCUGAUUGGGAGAGGAAGCUAUGGUUCAGUGUACAGAGGAAAGUUGAAGGAAAGCAAAAUGGAAGUGGCGGUGAAGGUUUUUGAUCUUGAGAUGCGAGGUGCAGAAAGAAGCUUCGUGGCAGAGUGUGAAGCACUUAGAAGUAUUCAGCAUCGUAACCUUCUUCCAAUCAUAACUGCUUGCUCAACUGUAGAUAAUACAGGAAAUGUUUUCAAAGCUUUAAUUUAUGAGCUCAUGCCUAAUGGAAGCCUGGACACAUGGUUACAUCACAAAGGGGACGAGGAGGCUCCAAAACGUCUAAGCUUGACCCAAAGAAUAAGCAUAGCUGUUAACAUAGCUGAUGCAUUGGAUUAUUUGCACCACGAUUGUGGACGUCCCACGGUUCACUGUGACUUGAAGCCUAGCAAUAUUCUUCUAGACGAUGAUAUGAAUGCUCUUCUGGGAGAUUUUGGAAUUGCACGUUUCUUUGCGGAUCCUCAGUCAACAUGGGCAGGUUCAAUUAGUUCGAUUGGUGUGAAGGGCACAAUUGGAUACAUCCCUCCAGAAUAUGGAAGUGGUGGGCAUGUGUCAAUGUCCGGAGAUGUUUAUAGUUUUGGGAUAGUAUUGCUGGAGAUUUUGAUAGGCAAAAGGCCGACAGAUGCUAUGUUCAUGGACGGACUGGACAUUAUCAGCUUUGUGGAGAACAGCUUUCAGAGUCAAAUAUUUGACGUCAUUGAUGUUCAUCUCGUGGAAGAAUGCAAGAACUUAACUCAAGACAAGAAUGUACCAGAAAAGGAGAUCAACAAAUGCUUGCUGGAUCUGGUGCAAGUAGCACUUUCUUGCACGCGUUCAUUACCAUCUGAACGUUCGAAUAUGAAGCAAAUAGCCAGCGAAAUGCAUUCAAUCAAGGUUUCACAAUUGGGAUGGAUGACGUGUAAGAAGUAG